ACGCGCUUUUUUCUACGUCAUUGGCGAAAAGAAGCACCAAAAGUGCGACCAAGCUCAUCUCGUUUUCUCUUUUCCCUCUUUUUCUUCUUUUUUUUUUGUUUUUCCAUUCCUACUUCUCAACUCGAGUACUAAAAUAAUUCAGGAUGUCUUCUGGUGUUGCCGUGAACCAAGAGUGCCUUGACCUUUACCAAGAAUUUAAGCUUCGCAAGAAGUACAAGUACAUUGUCUUCAAGCUGUCAGAUGACAACAAGGAGAUCGUCGUCGAAAAGACUGCCGAGGAUGCUACCUACGAUCAGUUUUUGGAAUGCUUGCCCGCUGACGAGCCCCGCUAUGCUGUCUAUGACUUUGAUUACGAGAAGGUCGGUGAGGGCCAGAGAAACAAGAUCACUUUCUACGCUUGGAUCCCUGAUACGUCCAAGAUCCGUCAAAAGAUGUUGUACGCCUCCAGCAAGGACGCACUUCGUAAGAACUUGGUCGGUUUGGCCAUCGAGAUCCAGGGCACGGACUUCUCAGAGGUCGAGUAUGACACCAUCCUUGAGAAGGCCAACCGUUCAAACUAAACUUCCUCACUAUUGCUUACCCCUAACAAACAACAAAUAAGAACCAUUAUAAAACCAUUUGGUAUAUCUCAAAGUAUACUUGUGAUAUCCUCUCUCUUCCCAUCCUCCAACAAAACUUAUUAUUUUAAAAUGUUGUGCUAGUUUAUAAGUGGUAUUCAAAAAAAAGAGCAAGAUAACGAUAUCCUGGGUAAUCUGUUCACUCAUGGAGUGAAAAAUUCCAUUGCU